AUGUCUGUUCCAGUCGGCAUCACCGUCCCCAAGCUCCUGCCCAUCACAGGCACCUUUGCUCCAGCAUUCGGGGCCUAUUUUGUCCUCCUCGGCCUCCGUGUCAGUCUUGCCCGCCAGUCCACCCACACGCUUCUGGGCGACCGAACUGCACCUGAGAAGGCCGCCUCCGAUCCCAAACCCAAGCCUUUAUCCACCGACCAACUCCUCAUAGCGACGCGGGCGCAUGCCAAUUUCGUCGAGAACGUGCCCUUGGCUCUGCUGGUGGCAGCGUUGGUCGAACUCAAUGGUGGGGACCGACGUAUCUUGACCGGUUCCUUGGCCACGCUGCUCUUUCUCCGUAUCGCCCAUGUCGAGUUGGGCUUGAGGGCCAAGAAUGCGCUGGGCUUGGGCCGACCGGUUGGGACUUUGGGCACUUGGGGCUUCAUCGCUGGGAUGAGUUCCUAUGCGGCUUGGUUGGUCAAGAGCUAUUGGGGAUUCUAG